UGCAGCGGCGGACGAUGGAGGCGGUGCGCGGGCGCGCGCCGGGCAUCGCGGUGGCGGUGGCCCACGGCGUGUUUUCGGGCAGCCUCAACAUCCUGCUCAAGUUCCUCAUCAGCGGCCGCCACUUCGGCUUCCUCACGCUGCUCCAGCUGUGCACGUGCAGCGCCGCCGCGCUGGGCCUGGAAACGCUGCGCCGGCUCGGCAGGGUCUCCGUGCCCCCCUUCGGCCUCGGCCUCUCCAAGGAGUUUGCGGCGGUGUGCGUCCUGUCGACGCUGCAGUCGACGCUGACGCUGUGGUCGCUGCGCGGCCUGAGCCUGCCCAUGUACGUGGUGUUCAAGCGCUGCCUGCCGCUCUUCACGCUCGCCAUCGGCGUCUGCGUCCUCAGGAACGGCGCCCCGUCCCCCGGCGUGCUCGCCGCCGUCGCCAUCACCACGGGGGGCGCCGCGCUGGCCGGUGCGGGAGACCUGAGCGGCGACCCGUUCGGUUACGCCACGGGCGUCCUGGCGGUCGUCGUCCACGCGUCCUACCUGGUCCUCAUCCAGAAGACCAGCGUGGAGAGCCAGCACGGACCCCUCACCGCGCAGUACGCCAUCGCCGUCAUGGCCACCCCGGUCCUGCUGGCGUGCGCCGUGAUCUCGUCGGACGCGGCGGCCGUGUGGUCGUACCCGGGCUGGAAGGACGCCGGCGUCGUGGCGCUCUUCCUGUCCAGCGUCGCCAUCGGCUGCGCCAUGAACUUCACCACCUACCACUGCACCUACCUCAACUCGGCCGUCACCACCAGCUUCGUGGGCGUGGUCAAGAGCGCGGUCACCAUCACCGUGGGCAUGCUGGCCUUUGACGACGUGGCGCCCAGCGCGCUCUUCGUGGCCGGCGUGGUGGUCAACACGGUGGGCUCCGUCACCUACUGCGCGGUCAAGUUCUUCGAGAUCAAGAAGAAGAGUUCCUACGAGCACCUGGAGGGCGGCGGCGGCGGCGGCGACCUCCGCGAAGCUCCCCCGGCGGGAGAGGCGGGCGUCGACCGCGAGGCGGGGGGCGUGGCCUCCCGCGCGACCACCGACAAGGAUGCGGCGGCGGGCGACUACCUGGGGGUCUGGCGCUCCGUCAGACAGCUGCGCUUGGCCAAGGGAGGCGGCCUCGUCGACAACAUGGAGCAACAGAGUCCCUGAGGGGCCGCCUCGUGGCGCCCGGUGGACUUUUCCCGCUUGUUCAAGACGUUUGGGCUUCAAUCCAAAAGGCCUCUUCGCUUCUCCCUCUUUGGAUGCCAGAACUCGGGUGGCGGCGCGUCACAUCAUGUCCUCCAAAGGUCUCCCCCUCAUCUCGCGCUCGACGAGCCCUUUUGCCCCAAAAUGGCCGACAGCGUGGCGAGAGGGACCCCGCGCGGGCAGGGGGGCGAGCGAAGAGGCCUCGGGGAUCAAAAGUGAAAAGUCUUGGGCGGACGGGAAUUGUCCACUUGCCCGGUUUCCCCCUUGGCCCUUCGCCAUCGCCCGCUUUGACCUCGCUCGCUCGCUCGCUCGCUCACAGCUCAAACGUUAAGGUGUUGCGUGUGCGCGCGCGCUGACGCCAUUUUCCCGCCCGUGUUCGUUUUCCUCACUGACGCCUUUAGCUUAGCUUAGCGUCUCAAGAGCUUUCACCUUGACGCUAACGGGGAGCGGCACCCCGACCCUGGCGGUCGCGCGCGUGGGCCGCCGUAGGAUUCCUGCUAGCGCCGGCUAAUGCGAACGGACGACAACGGGAGA